GCGGGGCGGGGCCUGCCGCCGCCGCCGCCGCCGCCGCGGGAUAAGAGGGGAGCAGGGGCGCGGGGGUCCGGGCAGUGUUGCAGCAUCCCGGGGGACCGAGACCCCGGACAGCCGCUUGGAUCCCUCGCGCCGGCGCGGCCGCAGGACUCACGUCGGGGACAAGAUGAAGCUCAUCAUCCUGGAUCACUAUUCCCAGGCCAGCGAGUGGGCUGCCAAGUACAUCCGGAACCGCAUCAUCCAGUUUAACCCGGGGCCCGACAAGUAUUUCACCCUGGGCCUCCCUACGGGAAGUACCCCUCUCGGCUGCUACAAGAAGCUCAUUGAGUACUACAAGAACGGAGAUCUCUCUUUCAAGUAUGUGAAGACCUUCAACAUGGACGAGUAUGUGGGCCUCCCCCGAGACCACGAGGAGAGUUACCACUCCUUCAUGUGGAACAACUUCUUCAAGCACAUCGACAUCCAGCCGGAAAACACCCACAUCCUGGACGGGAACGCGGCCGACCUGCAGGCCGAGUGCGACGCCUUCGAAGAGAAGAUCCGGGCGGCGGGCGGGAUCGAGCUGUUCGUUGGAGGCAUCGGCCCCGAUGGACACAUUGCCUUCAAUGAGCCGGGCUCCAGUCUGGUGUCGCGGACCCGAGUGAAGACUCUCGCCAUGGACACCAUCCUGGCCAACGCCAGGUUCUUCAAGGGAGACCUCACCCAGGUGCCCACCAUGGCCCUGACGGUGGGCGUGGGCACCGUCAUGGACGCCAGGGAGGUGAUGAUUCUCAUCACCGGCGCCCACAAGGCCUUUGCGCUGUACAAGGCCAUCGAGGAGGGGGUGAGCCACAUGUGGACGGUGUCGGCCUUCCAGCAGCACCCCCGCACCGUGUUCGUGUGCGACGAGGAGGCCACGCUGGAGCUGCGGGUGAAGACCGUCAAGUACUUCAAAGGGUUAAUGCUUGUCCAUAACAAGCUGGUGGACCCCCUGUACAGUAUCAAAGAGAAGGACACCGAGAAAAACCAGCCAAAGAAGCCAUACAGUGAUUAGCCUAUGCCUACGUCAGGGCCCAGUGCCUCACUGGGACCCUAGAAAUCGUUUUUAGGAGGAAAAACUUGUAUUUCUGUAAUCUGUUAUGGUCCCUGCAAAGGGUGCUCUUGCCUGUGACUCUAUGGCCAAGAGCCUCGGCAGAGUUUAGCUACCGGGAGAAUGAUUUUUAUAACUUGACUCUCAAUCAAAAACAAAAACAAAAACACCUCUGGACAAAUGUGCUGACGUGGAGGUCUCCCCAGAGGCGGGUUUCUGGCUUCCUGUUUGCCGGGUACUGUCCACUUGGGAGGUUCUGUCCUUCCGGGCCUGGUUCUCAUCCGGAGAUUGGGGCGCCUGGUUCCGGGACGAAGCCCUAGCGAGUGCUGAUGGCUAAGCUGAGGCUGGCUCUUCCAGAUUCAGGCCCAAACUGGCGGUGCCUGAGUAUAGCAAGCAUUAGUACCUCCACUCCCCGCCCCAACUUUCGUGCCAGUUUUGGUGUUUUUUUGUGUUUUUGUUUUGUUCUGUUUUUUUCCCCUCAGUUGGCCUUUCAUGAACUUGGAGAAAUCCUUUGGGGAGGAGUUGGGUGGAUGGGGACUCAGCAGGUUUUUGCUGAGAAACUGGUCGUCUAGGGGCCCAGCCACGUCAAACUCCACUCCCUCCAGGCCCUCUAGCGCUGGGAGAAAGGCGGGAAACCCAUCCCCCGCCCCUGUGUUUUGUUCCAAGGGCUCUGUCACAUACUCAUUAAUGAGGUCGCAACCCACGUCAGGGCUGUGUCCAGGCAAGGGGACAGGCGCUCUGCAGGAGUGCGGCCGAGGGCCACGUUCCUCUCCUCACCCCUGCCUGCCCUCUUCUCUCCCUCUCAGGUUCCUGUGGCAAGGGGUGGGGUUCCCAGAACGUCAGGAAAUAGAACCCUUGGGUCCCCGUCCCCCACAUGGCUCUGUCCCUGCCACCUUCAGCCCUUCUGGAGCGUGGCCGCCUCCCGAGCUGUCCCUUGGCCUGUGUGAAGCUGCCGCCGCUGCUGUCUGGGGAAGGACCCUCAGAGCUGGACUCGGGCCAUUCAGGGCCGCGUCAGGGGUCCACGUUUUGCCUCAAGCUUUUGUCCGUGAUUAUGCUGUCGUUGCUAAGCUCAUGGAUCAGUGGACCUGUUUACAAUGUGGCAUUUUCUAUUAAAUUCAGUAUUUUCAAAUAAAACAUGCCUUGUGUGGACUAAUGCCCGCAAGGGCCAGGAGAGGGGCCGCUGAGCUGAUACUGGCUGUUUGGGGGCAGUUAGCAAGUAAGCAAGCUGCACACGCCACGCCAGGCCCGGCAGGAAACCGUCCCCAGUGUUCCCCGGCCCUCUCUGGUCCUACAGGGAGGCUAACAGAAGCAUCUCAGAACCCA